UAACACAUAUUUAUGUCCGAGGUAAUAUACAUGUAUACUUAUAGGUAUUUAUAGAUGGAAUGAACGCAAAUUUGAAUCAUAUGUUCAAGACGUUCAAGAUGAAUACGUUUCAAAUAUUUGCUUUGCUGUUGAUUUGUUUGAUAAAUGGUUCUCUCGGUGCGACAAAAAGCAAAUGUGAUGUUGUACAUGCACUGAGAACAGAAGGAGUUCCAAAUUCCGACAUGAGGGACUGGUUGUGUCUCGUUGCUCACGAGAGUAGUUACCGGUACGAUAUUAAACAUAUCAACAGCGAUGGAUCAACCGACUUUGGCAUCUUUCAGCUCAACGAUAAUUAUAUGUGUGGCAAUGCACAAGGCACGAGUUCCACAACUUGCUGGAGAAUACGAACAUAUGGCUGUGCAGAUGCUUGUAGCACUUUUGCAGAUUCUAACAUAAGCAAUGAUGCAAGCUGUGCGGUGAGGGUGAAAAAUUGUGACGGAUUCAAGCGGUGGUACGGCUGGUUAAACCACUGUUCCGAUGUAAGUGGAUCACAAUAUGAUUACAGUCACUGCUGAAACCUAGUAUCCAUUUAUUUAAAGAUUUUUUCUACAGUUUUAGGAAAAUUUAAUUCUUUCAUGAAAAGUUCUUAAUUUUGUGUAUAAGUACAGUUGAAUGGCGAAUUCAAAAAUACAAAGACAAAUAUGU